CGCCACCUUGGGGUCUGUCCCCGCCCACCAAGUCCACUUCUGCCCCCCAUACACACACCACCUUCCAUCCAGACUCUUCACAAGUUGUCUCGUACGGCGGCAGCAGUGACAGCGAACGCCUCAGCGUUCCUCAGACAGGAUGGUCCUUCUACGACUGCUCACCUUCACACUCCUGUCCAGCUACUUCCAUCCAGGAACAGAAGUGGACGCACAGCGAACAUUCAAGAUACGAAGCAUCAUGCUAACCAUUGAGCCUGGUACUGACGUGACCCGCGACACCAACGUGACUGUGAGAUGCAAAGCCACAGUCAGCAGCUCCAGCCAGGAGGCGCUGAGUCGUGAGUAUACCAUCUACAAGGACAGCAGCAACGUCUACACCAAGAGGUCCAGCACCGCCGAGGAUCUGCUGUACCUGCUGCCCAAUGCCAAAGUCUCCAACUCUGGCAAGUACAAGUGCAAGAUCACCAUCGAGGGCAAGGAGAUGACGAGUGAAGCUACAAAACUCACAGUGACAGGUUUGUCGAAACCUGUUCUCCAGCUAAACAAGAAUGCGGUCAGUGAAGGGGAGGAGGUGACCGCCUGGUGUACGGCACCCGGCGAGACGGGCUCCAUCUUCUUCUACUUAUACGAGGACUCCAAGGUGAUCCAGGAGCACUCUAACUCCAACCCAAUGGAAGCCAAGUUACGCUUCCGCAAAGUUGGCUUGCACAAAGUCCACUGUGCCUACGCUGUCCUGGUAAUGCCCAACACCUUCAACUCUGUCGAAAGCAACACCAUCACUGUUUCGGUCAAAGAGCUCUCCAUCACACCUGUGUUGGAGAUUUUCCCUCAGGACAAAGUCUAUGAAGGAGACCAGCUCAGCAUCACGUGCAACAUCAGAAACGUUCUGUACAGCCCUGAAAAUACGCCCAUCUACUUGUACCUGAGCCACGGGACCAAACUUCUCAGCAGUGGAGAAAAUAAAGUCAACCACACCAUGGUUGCACUGGCAAAGGACCCGGGGGAUUUCGAGUGCAGAUUAGAGAAGGGACAGGUAGACAAAGUCACCACAAAGAUGGUUUCAGUGACUGAACUGUUUUCAUCACCCACGCUCACCAUGUUCCCUGCUGACGUCUUUAAAGGAGAAUUCAUGUCACUGACCUGCAGAAGUGAGAGCUAUGCGUCUGAGAGAAUUAACGAGGAAGAGCUGACUUACACUCUUGAGCCGUCUGUCAGUCCUCUGACCUCCACCAAGCCGGGAGUAUUUUCUGGAAGAGCCCUGCCCCUUGAUUUCAAUUACACCUGUGAGGCUCAAGCCAAAGGCAUCAAGAAACGCAGCGAAACCAUGACUGUGCGUCCUAAAGUUUCUGUUUCCACUCCUAAGAUUUCAGUGGUUGGUCGGGCGAUCUUAGGAAAACCUGUCAAGAUCCGCUGUCACUCGGACUUUGGCAGUUUUCCGAUCAAUUACACCCUGCUGAGAGGGUACGACAUACUGAGAACAAACACUGUCAAGUUGCCCACUCAGGAAGCAGUUUUCACAGUCACCAUCAACAACCCUGAAGAAAUACGCAAGUACAUGUGCGAGGCUCAGAACAAUCCCAAGACCGGCCUGCUCAGUUCAAGACUCAAUGCUACUCUUAUAGAGCCACUGAGAGGCCUGACUCUGACCGUCCUCCCUGACUUACCAGAAAUCUCAGAGGGAAAUCAGCUCUACCUGAUAUGUGGCACCAAAGGCACACCACCUGUCACCUAUAAGUUUUACCGCGUCGGAGACAAACGACCGCUGCUCACGAAAACCUUGAAUGAGAACAACACGUACUACCACGUCAACAAGUUGUCCAAAGAGCACAGCGGCACGUACUACUGUGAGGCUGACAACCACGCCAACAACGUUGUCCGCAGUGAGAAUGUCAUCGUCGAGGUUCGCAUGGCGCUGUGGAAGAAAGCCUUGAUCGGGGGAGUUUGCCUGCUGGUGGUGUCGGUGCUGGUGGCGGUGUGUGUGCUGUACAUCAAAUCCAAGAGAGUGAGAGUGGUCAGAGCUGCGGUCAGCGUGUGGAGUGAGCGACCUCCUGAAGCCGACAAAGACGAGGAGGACGUGAGCAGUGUGAUGUCCAGCGAGCCUGAUGUAGAGUACACGGAGGUGGUGCAUCCACAGCCGGCGGACGCUGCCAGAGUCCCGCCGCGAAAAGGCACGGACACCGUGUACAGCGAGCUCAAAAACCUUCCACCUGGUGCGGCCGAUCAUCAUGACUACGGAUCAGUGGAGUACGCAGAGCUCAACGGCGACCGACCGGAGAUCAAUCCUCACCCUCCAGAGGUCAACAACUACCACGACCUGCCCAAGCCGGUGGAUUAAUGAACCGAGCCCACAGUGUUCAGUGUUUUCAUCUCUGCCGUUCACUAUGCUAGUUCUCAUCCAGUGAUGUAACGAACUGCUAUUAGCUGACUGUAAAUAUCGUUUUUUUAUUUGCCAAAUAAAAGCAU